AUGGAGCCAACCAUUGUGUCAACCUGCUCUUUAGAUCAGUGGGCUUUGGAUUUCAAAGGAAACGAGCAGCGCAUAAUAGAAUCAAUCAUCCAAGCCAAGCGCAUGCAUAAUGCCAAAAUUCGGCUUGGCUCUCAAGCCGAAGUAACUGGCUAUAGCAUCGAAGACCAUUAUGUAGAGCCUGAUACGAUCUAUCACUCUUGGCAGGUGUUAUUGAACGUAAUCAAAGUAACCCUCAUUCCUCCAUAUAACGAUAUCCUUUGCCUUAUUGGUAUGCCUCUAUAUUUUCACGGAGUUGUUUACAAUUGCAGUGUGCUAAUUUACAAUGGAAAAGUAAUCCUGAUCAAGCCUAAAGUUGUACUUGCAGAUGAUGGACUUAAUAGAGAAAAACGUUGGUUUACUGCAUGGUGUGGAAACAGAGAACUCAUGCAGUACAGCUUACCAGCCUUCAUCACUGAUGUGACUGGUCAGCAAACUGCGCCAUUUGGAAAUGGAAUGCUGAGAUCUGAAGACGGCUAUUUAAUAGGAGUCGAAACUUAUGAAGAAUUAUUGUCGCCAGUCUCCUCAAGCACUGAAUUAUUUUUGAUGGGAGCCCAUAUUGUUCUGAACAUGGGGGGAAAUCCUUUCCAGAUGUCAAUAGAAUUUCAGAAAUGGUAUAGCAUGAUGUCGGCAUCAGUCAAAACAGGAGGCAUUUAUAUGUAUUCUAACCAAAUCGGUUGUGACGGGCACCGCACCUAUUUUAAUGCAAGAUCAAUGAUAUUUUUAAAUGGAAAUUGUUUUGCCACAACUGAGCCAUUCUCAAUGAAGUCAGUAGAUGUGGUUUCAGCAGCCCUUGACUUAAGUGAAGUGGAUAGUUAUAGAAAUGCAAUUGCUUCAAGAAAUAUGCAAGCUAAAGAUAAAAUUUUAGAACAAUUCCCUGUCAUUGUGGUUCCUGGGUUUAAACUUCUUGUGAAAAAUUCAAUAGAGUCUUCAUUGCCAAUUCAAGUUCCAGAAUACUCUAGGGCAGAAGAAACUGGGUUUGCGCCUGCUUGCUAUCUUUGGGAUUAUUUACGCAGGACUAAUGCAAGUGGCUUUUUCUUACCUUUAUCUGGAGGCUCUGAUUCUGCAAGUGUGCUGGCUAUAAUAGCAAUUAUGUGUAGAAAAGUGAUGCAUUGCUUAAACGUGUUUAAAGGCUAUAAUCUUGAGGUUUUACAAAACGAUUUGAGAAGAAUUAUAGGGAAAAUUCCUGAAAACCACCAUGAAAUGCUUCAUGAAAUUAUGCAUACAGCUUAUUUAGCGUCUGAAAACAGCUCAGAAGAGUCUAAAGCAAGAGCAAAAAAUUUAGCUGAAGAAAUAGGCUCGAAUCACUUUGAGGAGAAUAUUGAUGAAGUCUAUAAUGAAUAUUUAAACAUGUUCACUAGCCUAACAAAUAGUAAUAUACCAAAAUAUGAGUCAAAAGGAGGAACAAAAUAUGAAGAUGUUGCCUUGCAAAACUUGCAAGCUAGAAUUCGUAUGGUCGCAAGUUAUAUGGCUGGACAGCUUCUACCAUGGGUUUUAGGAAAGAAAGGGUUUUUAAUUAUCCUGGGAAGUGGAAACAUUGAAGAAUCUUUAACUGGAUAUAUGACAAAAUAUGAUACUUCAAGCGCAGAUAUCAACCCCAUUGGAGGAGUUUCAAAAAUUGAUUUAAGACACUUUUUGCUUUGGGCUUCAGAAAGAUAUAAUUAUCGCUCAAUUAUCCCGAUUCUUGAAGCGACUCCUACAGCUGAGCUACAGCCUCUUUCUGACUGGCAUACGUUACAACAAACUGAUGAGCACGAAUUAGGAUUAAGCUACGAAGAAAUUCAUUUGAUGGCAAUGCUCAGAAAAAUUGACCACUGUGGCCCUCUAUACAUGUUUAAUCGGUGCCUGACUGAAUGGAAAACAAUGGAGCCUGAAUUAGUUGCUAAAAAAGUGAAAAAAUUCUUUACGUAUUAUGCAGUCAAUAGACAUAAAAUGGUAACGCUAACACCUGUCAUUCACAUGGACUCGCUUGGCUGCGAUGAUAACAGAUAUGAUCUUAGACCAUUCCUAUAUAACUCAAAGUGGGAAGCCCAAUACAACGAUAUUGACAAAAUCGUGGAAAACAUUAAAAACCCUCAAUAA